UUCUUAAAAUUGUUAAUGGCUGCCGUCAAUAUAGUUUAAAUAUUUCAGAAUACUGUGUGAUAUUGCAUUUUACGUGAUUGUGCCAAUUACAUUCCCUGAAUAAAAGAUUAGAGCUAGCCACAACGGCGGGCCGUAGUAGCAACAUGCGUCGAGCAAGAGAUGGUUAUUCCUAUCAGUCCAUACCGAGACCGCCAACAGAUGAUGUCCUCGAACAUGAAAACGAAAGGAUGGCUGAAGAACUAAGUGGAAAGAUUAACUCGCUGAAACAUAUGUCUAUAGAAAUCGGGAACGAAGUGCGUUAUCAAGACCAAAUAUUACGAAAUCUGGACGACGAUGUUGAUAGGAGCUCGGGCUUUCUGGGGAAAACUAUGAGCAGGGUUCUUAGAUUAGGCAAGGGAAACCAUAAUUAUUACGUAUUUUAUUUAUUCAUUUUUGCAAUUUUUGUAUUCUUUCUUCUGUAUAUUGUGUUGAAGUUUAGGUGAUUAGGAAGAAAUAAUAAUAAGACAUUUCUGGUCUCACAAAUGUUUAAUAUUGUUUUAAGUAUACUUAAAAAUUAUCAUGUAUAUAUUGUAAUUGUAAAUGGUUGCUGUAUGUUAAAAAAGGAAGAAUAGUUUAUUAUUUCUCACAUAUUACAUUGUAAUAUAUAAAAAUGUA